AACUAUAAUCAACGCAAAGAAGGGAACGCUAUCGACAAACUAUGGCUUACUGUUGAAAACAAGAAACCAAUUCUUAAAGAAAGAAACGUGAACGAAGGGACAAAUUGUAUACAAUUGGUUUCUUGUAAAGGUAUCCAUAUUAAUAAUGUUGGAAAUAAAAGAAAUUACGAGAAUGAAAAUCCAGAGACACCAGAGAUAUCAGUUGGCAACGACAGUUCCUUCUCGGAAAAUAAUAAACAUGAAAAGCAUCACGAGGAAGAUGAAGAAAUAAUUUCAUUAGAGAGUCCGAUCGUUAAGAAACUUAUAAGUAUUAGCGGAAUUGCACGAUAUAGAAUUGUCUUCUUGGCCGAGGAAAAUAAUAGUAGCCCGAUUAAAUUAGCUUUUAAAGAGGAGGAAUGGUUAAAACUUGAAAUGGAAUGGCAAAACAUUGAGGAAAUGGUUGUACCUGUAAGUAAUGGAAUAGAUACAGAUCAAGAGAAUUUAUUAAAAAAAUAUGAUGAUGCGAUCAAAAAGGCUACAAUUGGAUACAGCGUCAACUUGAGCGAAAUCGUUGGUGUCUUCAACGAGUGUACGCUUAUCAAUCGGAAUUACUAUGUAUUUUGUAAGGAGUGGCCGUUACAAUGGAUACAAUCCAUUUACAAUGCAUUUCUCGCAAUUAAUCCACUCCAUGAUAGCGAUUUAUCAGAAUACGCAUAUAGAGAUAAAAUCGUAAAUCCUCUAAUAGAAAAUGUUUUUUUGGAAAUAAAUGAAGUGAUUCGUAUGAAAACAGGCGAGGUCGAAAAUUUAGACCGCAAAGUUCAGAAGGAUUCAAAUAGAUUACCAGGAGUACGUCGUGCCACUGGUUGGGAGCACGACGCUUUAUUAAUAAUGAAAGUGAAGAGCAUCGAAUAUCAAAUAGGAUUUGGUGAGGUUGUAGGAAACGCUUGCGAACAUGAUGAUGCAAAAAUGGAGCGAGAUAGAGAAAAAAUUCUUAAGUCAAUGCAACUUGGGCUCUUUCGAUUGCGACAAGCGUUGCGAGAACAUGGAGUGGAUGAAAAUGAUUUUAACAAUGCCGAAACAUUAGGGAUUCUUGUGUAUA